AUCGCCGGUUGGAAUUGCUCCAAAGUUCAGCGUGUGACGGUUGAGGAAACGGUGGUGUUUGCCAGCACCGGCCAAUGGAAAUGCAGUUUCCUGCCGAAAAGGAGAGGAGCCACGGCAGAUGCAGCCCAGGACGCUGCCGCGCGGCCGCGCCGCCGUCCUGCGCGCGGUCACGGCAUGCCGCGGCCGCCGCGAAGAGCAGGCCCUCCACUGCCUCGUCUGCAAGCUGGGCCUCGCCUCCGACGUCGUGCUAGCGACCGCCUUGCUCGCCCGCUACGGCAAGCGCGGCCUCCUGUCUCCCGCCCAGAGGCUGUUCGACGAAAUGCCGCGCCGGGACCCGGUCGCCUUCAACGCCAUGCUUGCCGCGCUCGGCGCCUCCGGGAGCGCGGCCGACGCGCGGAGGCUGUUCGACGGAAUGCCGGAGCCGGACAGGACCCCCGCCUCCUGGAACACCAUGCUCACGUGCUACUGCAGGGCCGGCGACCUCGCCUCCGCCAGGGCGGUCUUUGAGGCGAGCCUGCGCGCGAGGAUGAGCAGCGUCGUGUCGUGGAACGCGAUGAUCCACGGGUACUGCAAUGCCGGGCGGAUGGACGCUGCCCGGGAGCUGUUCGACCGUAUGGGCUCCUCGCUGCGGGACGCCGUCACGUAUAACACGAUGAUGGCCGGGUAUUUGCGCCGGGGUGACCCUGCCGCCACCAUCGCGAUGUUCCGCCGGCUGACGCAUCAGCAGGAUCAGCAGACGCCGAGGCCCACCGCGGUCACCAUUGCCACCGUGGUGACGGCUUGCACGCAGGCGGGGGACUUCGCGUUUGGCCGGGCGGUCCAUCUCUCCACCCGGCAGCUGCUGGGGACGAGCACGGACGCCGUGCUGAGCAACGCCCUCAUGGACAUGUACUUCAAGUGCGGGAGCGUGGACCGCGCGCUCGAGGUCUUGAGCACCAUGCCGGGCGCGCCCAACCUCUUCUGCUGGAACACGGUGAUCGCGGGGCUAGGCAGGAACGGCCGCGGCGAGGACGCCGUCAGGGCGUUCCGCGACAUGGCGGAGACGAGCAAGAAGAGAAACGAGGUCAAGCCGGACUCCGUGACGUUCGUGGCGGUCCUGUCGGCGUGCAGCCACUCCGGCCUGGUUGCGGAGGGCCGGGAGCUCUUCGCCGAGAUGCUGCCGGCCCACGGGGUGGCUCCCGGGGCGGAGCACUACGGCUGCAUGGUGGACCUGCUGUGCCGCGCGGGGCUGCUCGGCGAGGCCGUGCGGCUCGUGCGGACGAUGCCCGUCCGGCCCAACGCCAAGGUCCUGGGGUGCCUCCUGCUCCACGCGCGCAGCUCGGGGGACGGCGUCGCGGCGAGUGAGUGGGCGGCGCAGCGGAUCGCGGAGCUGGACGACCGCGACGGCGCCGCGUACGGGCUGUCCAACCUGUACGCGUCGCUGCAGAGGUGGGAUCACGUCGAGAGGCACCGGAGCGGGCUGGUGAGAGCGACCGUGGCGAGCGGCAAGGAGCCUGGCCGGACUAGCUACGAUCCCCACGUACGCGGCACCGACACGGCGACAUUCGAUUCUUAACCUGCUGCUAGUACUAUACGAUUUCUAGGCUCGCAUAAACUGCACAGUAUAUUAUGACGGCGGUGACUGUGAGCCCCAACGUCUGCAGUGACGUUGGCGCGAUGUAAGCAUGUGCGGUAGCACUCAACGCACGGGAACCUUCCCGUGUCUUCUUCCCGUAAUGUGUAAAGUCUAUUAAAACACACUCAAAUCGCAUCAGUGUACAUCUAAAAUCAACAGGGCGAUCCAUUUUGUCCA